AGGCAUUGUUGGGAAGGGGGCGAAGAACAAAAGGAAGGGGAAAAUUUACCAAAUCUCCUUAUGUGCCCUACAAGGGGAAGAAAAGGAGUCAUCCCAGUGAGACGAUACUGAAGAAAUUUCAUACUUUUAUAAAAAAAGCCAAGAAUGAUGGCAGGGAUGUUCAGUGCUUCGAGGACAAGUAUUCUGAAAGUUCUGGAAUGGAAAAGAAAUUCUGGUCCAUGAUGUUGGACGUAGGUGGUUGGCUUGAGUCUCAGCACUUUGACGAGUAUCUUUCCUACCUGAGGAAACGUGUUCUUGAUGAAAGUCUCUCAGAUGUUGUUGUCACGACGGAAUUCUUUUCUUCCUUUAUUGAUACCAAUAUGGAUCCAAAGCAAGAGCUCUUUCCUGGAUUGCUGGAUGAUUUGAAUAAAAUGAUGGAGGGGACUUCGAGCACUUCUUAUAUCAAAUCUUGGACAGGCGUGAAGCGUCUCUAUUUUCCACACAACAUUGCUGAAACUCAUUGGAUGGCAGUGCGAGCAGAUUUCGAAAACAAUGAGCUUGUUGUGUUUGACUCUCUGCGAUGCUUCAGAAGUGAUGAUGAAAUAGUACGCAGUUUAGAGCCGCACAGAAAAUGGUUUGGAAAUGUUGCUUGCAUCCUUAAUGGUAUUGUCUAUGACCCAGAAAUAAUGCCUCUUUGGAAUGUAAAGCGGCCUACCGUACCCCAACAAACCACGAGUGACUGCGGUGUGUUUACAAUGAAGUUCAUAGAGUUGGACAUGGUUGGUAAAGAUUUUAAAGAACUUGAAAAUAUGACUGAAAGCCGCAUGAAGCAAGUUAGACUACUCAUGGCUUAUUCUAUAUGUAAAGAGUUUCAAGAAACAUUAAAUGUAUGAACUAUUUCACUGAUAUUAAAGGAAGCUUUAAUAUGUAUAUACAAUGUAAGUUUUUGUUUUCUUUAUAAUCAUUGUUUACCAAUUUUACAUAUAAUUUCAAGGUUGAUGAGAAGGUUCAUGAUCAGUUGGUAGGAGAGAGUGGAGAGGUAACUCGGUUUGAUGAGUACGAAAGAUCGAC